ACCAUGAAUUAUGUGGGACAGCUGGCUGGGCAGGUGAUUGUCACCGUGAAGGAACUCUACAAGGGCAUUAACCAAGCCACUCUGUCUGGGUGCAUCGAUGUCAUUGUGGUGCAGCAGCAGGAUGGCACCUAUCAGUGUUCGCCUUUUCAUGUUCGGUUUGGGAAGCUGGGAGUCCUGAGAUCCAAAGAGAAGGUGAUCGACAUAGAAAUCAAUGGCAAUGCAGUGGAUCUUCACAUGAAAUUGGGUGACAAUGGAGAAGCUUUCUUUGUGGAGGAGACUGAAGAGGAAUAUGAAAAGCUUCCUGCUUACCUUGCCACCUCACCAAUUCCUACUGAAGAUCAGUUCUUUAAAGAUAUUGAGACCCCUUUGGUGAAACCAAGUGGAGAUGAAAGACCAUCCCAGAGUUCAGACAUCUCACACAUCUUGGAAACGGAGACAGUUUUCACUCCAAGUUCUGUCAAAAAGAAAAAACGAAGGAGAAAGAAAUGCAAACAGGACAGUAAGAAGGAAGAGCAGGCUGCUUCUCCUGCUACAGAAGACACCUGCGACGUGGGUGUGAGCUCUGAGGAUGAGAAGGGAGCCCAGUCUGCAAGUUUGCUGUUUCAUUCUGGGGAUCACUACCCCUUGUCUGAUGGAGAUUGGUCCCCUUUAGACACCACUUACUCCCAGGCAGUGUGUCCUAAGAGCGAUUCAGAGCUGGAGGUGAAACCCACCGAGAGCCUGCUCAGAUCAGAGUCUCACAUGGAGUGGACAUGGGGCGGGUUCCCAGAGUCCACCAAGGUCAGCAAAAGAGACAGAUCUGACCAUCAUCCUAGGACAGCUAUGAUUACGCCAUCAGAAAAUACCCAUUUUCGGGUAAUUCCCAGUGAGGACAACCUCAUUAGUGAAGUUGAGAAGGCUGCUUCUGUCGAAGACACUGUCUGUACCAUAGUGAAACCCAAACCCAGAGCCCUGUGCAAGCGGCUGAGCAGCGCAACUUCUGUUACAGAACUUCUUGAGCCUCCUCUUGAGAAUCCUCCAAUUUCAUAUAUGUUAGAUGCAGACCACCUUCCCAGCCCAUCCUUAGCUGAGGCGCCCCCAGCAUCCAAACCAGCUGCUAAAGUAGACUCACCGUCAAAGAAAAAAGGUGUCCACAAGAGAAGCCAGCACCAGGGACCUGAUGAUAUUUAUCUCGAUGACUUAAAGGCUCUGGAACCUGAAGUUGCAGCUCUCUAUUUCCCUAAAAGUGAAUCGGACCCUGGCUCCCGGCAGUGGCCCGAGUCUGACACACUCUCUGGCUCUCAGUCUCCGCAGUCCGUGGGAAGCGCAGCCGCUGAUAGUGGCACCGAGUGCCUCUCGGAUUCUGCCAUGGACCUGCCUGAUGUCACCCUCUCUCUUUGUGGGGGCCUCAGUGAGAACGGAGAAAUUUCUAAAGAAAAAUUCAUGGAGCAUAUCAUCACUUAUCAUGAAUUUGCAGAAAACCCUGGACUUAUAGACAAUCCUAACCUUGUAAUACGGAUAUAUAACCGUUACUAUAACUGGGCGUUGGCUGCUCCCAUGAUCCUUAGCUUGCAAGUGUUCCAGAAGAGUUUGCCUAAGGCCACAGUCGAAUCCUGGGUCAAAGACAAGAUGCCAAAGAAAUCUGGUCGCUGGUGGUUUUGGCGUAAGAAAGAAAGCAUGACCAAACAGCUGCCAGAGGCCAAGGAGGGAAAAUCUGAGGUUCCACCAAGCAGUGACCUGCCGUUGAGCACAAAGGAGCCAGCUGGUGCCAGGCCAGCCGAGGAAGACUCAUCGAGUGACGAGGGGUCACAGGAGCUCGAAGACUCCAUCAAAGCAGACCCCAUCCCCACGGACCCCCUGAGCCAUGGCAGCACGACCUCGUAUAAGAAGUCGCUCCGACUCUCCUCAGACCAGAUUGCAAAACUGCAGCUCCAUGAUGGCCCAAAUGAUGUCGUAUUUAGUAUUACCACCCAGUAUCAGGGUACCUGCCGCUGUGCAGGGACCAUUUACCUGUGGAACUGGAAUGACAAGAUCGUCAUUUCCGAUAUCGAUGGGACAAUAACCAAGUCUGAUGCUUUGGGACAGAUUCUCCCACAGCUGGGUAAAGACUGGACCCAUCAGGGUAUAGCAAAGCUCUACCAUUCCAUCAACGAGAAUGGCUACAAGUUUCUGUACUGCUCAGCCCGAGCCAUUGGCAUGGCCGACAUGACCCGCGGCUACCUGCACUGGGUCAACGACAAGGGCACGAUCCUACCCCGGGGCCCUCUGAUGCUGUCCCCUAGCAGCCUGUUCUCCGCCUUCCACAGGGAAGUGAUAGAAAAGAAACCGGAGAAGUUCAAGAUUGAGUGUCUGAAUGACAUCAGGAACCUGUUUGCCCCGUCCUGGCGGCCCUUCUAUGCUGCCUUUGGAAACCGUCCAAAUGAUGUCUAUGCUUACACACAAGUUGGAGUUCCAGACUGCAGAAUAUUCACCGUGAACCCCAAGGGUGAAUUAAUACAAGAAAGGACCAAAGGAAACAAGUCAUCGUAUCACAGGCUGAGCGAGCUCGUGGAGCACGUGUUUCCACUUCUCAAUAAGGAACAGAAUUCCGCCUUUCCCUGCCCAGAGUUCAGCUCCUUCUGCUACUGGCGAGACCCGAUCCCUGAAGUGAACCUGGACGACCUGGCCUGAGGUGGCACCUCUGGUAGGGGCCUCCUCCUGUGGGGGCCUCAGUCACUCACCUAUAGGCAAGAGAAUGCCCUUCUGCGGACCAAAGACAGGGGGCUGAUUGCCGGGCACCAGCUCUCCAAGCAGGGACGGGGGCUCCUGGAGCUGGCAGCGCCGUCCUCCUUUGCCUUCCCAGGCCAGCCGAUCAGGCUUGGCGGGUCUGCAGCGCAGCGCCCAGGAGGAGGGGGAGGAAGGAGCUCAACCUGGGGCUAGAGGCCUGUGUUCUGUCUCACAUGGGCCCUCCCACGUGCUUCCUGUCUAGUUGUGCACCGGGCGCUCCUCUGAGUGCAUAAUUUAAAAGGAAGAAAAAAGAAGGUAAAAUAGAGUGGACCAAAACGCUAUACAAAGUAAAGUGUUAUAAUUUCCACUGGGCAGUCGAGAUGGUCUCUCUCUGUAACCAGUGUUUCUUCAGAGGAUCAGGGUCCACUGAGCUGCUAAAGGCCAGGUGGGGGUGUUGGCUGAACCACCUGUGCAUGUGUCUCCUUUGGGCACCUCCUGUCCUGCCUCACUGAAUAAGACGGCUGCUCCAGUGGGCCAAGUUGGGCAGGACCCCAGGGCCCACACACCAGAGCCACUGAGCCCUGCCCCACAGAUGUGGCUUCCCUCAGAUCAUUGUUUUCUAAUCUGUAACUGCUCCAUAAUGACAGACCUUUAAGUUAUUUCUUAGAUCUAGCCAGAAGAGCAGAUUUUGCAGGUAUAUAUCUGAUGUCUGUGAUAAAAGUACUAAUAACGGGAAGCUGGGUUUUGAAAGAAACGAGCCCAACAACUGUUGUCAGGGAGGCCUCAGAAAUGCAAAAAUCCAGUUGAGUUUGGUCCUGGGAACAGAUCUUUUCUCUGUACCUCUGCCUAUUGCCUGGCUUAGGUGGGCCUUUGGGUGUCUUGCUUUAGGACAGGAUUUCUUAAAUUCUGUGCUUCAGAUUUGUCAGGGAAGCACAGUGAAGCUUGCUUGAAGGCUACGGGCCAGCAACAUGUACUGUGGCAUUUGGAAUCACAGCUGUGUAAUAAAGCCGUGGAAGCCUCAUGAGAAAGUGGUCCUGGAACCCUGUUGAGCAGACUGCCCCUUAGUGUCCCCAGGCCACCACUCUGAGUUCUCCGUCAGCUGGGGUACUUCUGCGGUCAGCAGUGCAGAGGCUGCCUUGUGAGAUCCCACGGGGAUGCGGAAGGCCCAAUGUAUUUUUACUGAAAUACACAUGGCAGCUCCGUUAACUGACUGACCUGGUUGUCAUGAGCUUACAUCUGGACAGACGGCACCUGGGAAGGGUUGUGUGCUGUCAGCUUCUCCAGAUCUUGUGAUCAGCUGGUGACACAAGUCACUGCAUAUUAACGUCAUUGAGGACUGUUAGGAAACUUUUCAGGGGACCAGGAGCAAGCUCCGGUUAUCGUCCUCCACUGGUGGGGACAUAGGAGGAGAUGUUCCUGAGCAGGGAAGGAACUGCAGAUACAGACGUGACGCCCUUGGGCUGGUUUCGUUUCCAACUCUGUGUGCCCCUGCAGCCGUAAUGGAGACCUCUUCUGGUUUUAGUUUUGCUUCACCCAAAAUAAUGCUGAUUGGAGAUGGAGAAGUAAGGGUGGUUAUUUUUCCAGAUUGGAGAGUUGGAAGUUCCUGACUGAUGUCAGCCGUGUUGCCUAGUGCUGCUGGAUGCAGAGGCAGUGGUGAAAUCCCUUGAACACAAUUCUCAGUGGCAAAACCUGGAGGCACGUGUUCCCAGAGAAGGGACCAAACAAGCUUCUUCCGGUGCAUACCUUCCCUGCUUGAAUAGUUUGCCAGAACUAAUUGUUUAAUGGGUUUAUUUAUGUACAGUAGGUUAGGGAAACUAGGUUAUGUUUAUAUGAAGUUCUGCCCAGUUAGUGAAUUAAAAUUCUCGUAGAGCAGCCAUGUGGUUACUUUUUUCGUAGAUGCUGUUAGCACAUCCUCAUGACCACCUUUGAUUUAGAGGAAGAACGAGAGCUUUAUGCACUUAGGCUGAGCUUAGUAGGACUUCCUUGCUUAUAUGCAGUAUGGAAAAAUCUUAAUAUAUAUCUUCUUUAGUCUUUUUAGGUUGUCAUUUAAAGUGUUUUUGACUAAUAGCUUGUUUCUUUUUCUUGACAAGCUCUUUUCUUUGGACAAGUGGGCUUUCUUAGGGGGUCCAGCCAAGGACCUGGAUCUCCCGGCCCUGAGUUAAGGGUGCCUGGUUCUCUGUCCCAGUGUCCAUUAGCUCUAGACUUUGUCACUGCAGAUUGAUCCAGUGGGUAUAUAGGCCAAUUAAUGUGAGUCUUUUUCCUUGUUUAAAGGAGUCCCUCUUGCUGAAAGUAGAUGAUUACUAUUGCUGUAGUGCUAUGAAAAUAUUAAGUUUGUGCUGAAAAUCCAUUGCCAUUUGGUACAAAUGACAUUUGUUCUUUCUGUGAAAGAGAGAUGCCCUCGGGUGUGUUUGUACACAAACCCUUAGGAGGCAAGUUGAAGCAUCACCCUCGCACUGUCUUCAGUGGUGGGUGAUGUCGCAGGGAGAUUACAGGCAGACUGGGCUCUUCUAUGUCAUUCUGUCAGUCACUCCACUGGGGGGAAAAGCCCCUUUGUCUCUUUGCAGUUCAUCCUGUCAUAUUCGCUUUGAUGUCCACAUGUCAAAGCUGGUACUGCUGCAAAAGGCGACAUCUGCCUCAUUGGGACUGUGCGUGGUACACGCGUGGAGCAGGAGCAUGCAAACUGAGCCCCUGUGUCUGAGUACUGUGCUUUGCUUUUUAAAAAACAUCUGCAUAGUUUUCAACUGGAAAAAGAAAAAACUUACUAGUGUGAAAUGAGAGCUGCUAAAACACCGUAGGGAGAACUGCUGAGAAGCAGAGCUGACAGACUGGCAGGUGCCCUCUACAGUUUGCCCUUGAAGGUACAGGUAAGACCUUCUGAAGAAUAAACAGCUGGAAAGAAGUAAGCUCCUUCUCUUUUUGCAAGUUGGUGAAAACUGACUCUUCCAGAGAAUUUUAUCUUUUCAAGUAUCAUAUUUACUCUGGGAAGCCUUGUUUUCCCAUAUUUUAGAGCAUGCAAGGUUUAAUAAAACUGGUUAAAAAUUAAGUUUUUCCUUAAAAUAAGUGCUCUUUCCAGGUGAAAACUGCCUUUUUGGUUUGGUUUGAAGGUAAGAAAGACGGGAAACUUUGCUCUCUUAAUUUAAUAAUUAUGUUCAGCCUGUGAUGAAGUAUUUGAUUAUUAGCAAUGUCACUAAUAAGUUUUAAGUUGUCAGAAGUUAAUUGUAAACAUCAGUACAGUACUUUUAGUUAUGGUAAAGACAGUUGUCUUAAAAUGAAUGGCUCAUAUUUUGGUGCAGUGUUGGAUGUUCAAAACAAAAUGUUACAAUAAACAAACAUAAACUGAA